AUGACUUCAGAACAAGUUUCAAUUGAAGAAGCAGUGAAGAGAUUAGUCGAAGUAGAGACAACAAAUAGAAACAGAAUUAGUAAACUAGAAGGGCAAAUCGAUGAAAUGUUGAAAUCAUUUACUGAUUAUCGUGAGCAAAACAUAAAUUCAACCAGAAAUGAACUACAAACAAUGUCCGAAACAAUGUCUGAAAGAAUAGGGUCGAUUCAAUUAAUGACCGUUUCUUUUUAUGCAGAAGCCAAAAGCAAUUAUGACGAAAAUAAACAACAAUUGAAGCAGGUGUAUGACGAUUUGAAGACCAAUAUGAGUCGCAUCGUCAGCACAUUAAAUCAAAUGGCUGACUCACGACCUAUUGCAUCGAAUAUGAUAUAUGAUAAAGAAGCUAAAGUAGAAGAACAUGCAAUAGAACAGAAUAGAAAAGAAAGAUUAUCAAGAACAAUAACUCAUACGACUACUCAUGUUCUGGGACAUCCUUCUCAAAUGAGUACUUAUAAUCUGGGACAUCCUUCUCAAACAAGUUUAAAUAUGUUGGAGUCCGACAUAAAGUAUAUACCAACUGUACCUCAAGUACUUCCACUAAAUGGUGUAAAACAUUCAAUUAUUGUGCCACCGUCGUCAGCAGCUCCAGCAUUUUACGGAAAACAUACUGAAAUUAACGGUAUAUCACAGUUUUUACGAGACUCAGCCUUAGAAUGGUAUUGUCAAUUACGUUUAUCGCACCGUCGACCGCAAACAUGGAAAGAAUUUACGGAAUUAUUCCUCGCACAAUUUAAUUCACCAAUUCGAAAAGCACGUCAAGAACAAGAAUGGGAUGAAUGUAAGCAAAAAGAAAAUGAAACCAUUAAUGAAUUUUUAGUUCGUCUUCGUGCGCUAUGGAGAGAACAAAAACCGAAAGAAACUGGAAGGGAUUUAGUUAAACAUUUAUUCUGUCGCAUGCGUAACGACUUAUUAAAUCUAAUUGGAAUAAUGCAUCGUAAUGCAUCGUUGGAUGAAGUUAUAACCGAAGUUCAACAAAUCGAAGACAUUCUAUACCGUCGUGCAAAGGGAGAUCGAUUAGUGAAGCAAAUAAAACAAGCAACAUCUUCGAAUGCUGAAACAUCACCUAACAAACGUUACGACGAAGACAAUACACGUAGAAUAACACCAUGGUCGAACAAGGAAGAUUCAUUUAACAGUUAUAGAAGGAUAGCAAAAAAUCAUCAAGUGAACGAAGUUACACCUAGUCGAAAUCAAACAACAGCAGAAUCGAAUAUGACACAACAACUAGAAUCACAAGGAAAUUAUUGUUAUACUUGUGGAGGUUACGGACAUUGGGCAAGGGAUUGCCCAACACAAUAUGGAAACUAUCGACAAGAACGAAACAAACCGUACCCAAAAAACGUCAUUGGAGCACUGGACGAACGGACCAGCCGCGCUCCUAUGUAA